AUGGAUGGAGCUAAGGUUGUUUCUAUCCCAAUAGCUGCACAUCAUCAGUUAAGUGCAAACCAAAGACCAUCAAGUCAAAAAGAGAUUGAUGAGAUGAAGGAUGUUCCAUAUGCAAGUGUAGUAGGGUGUCUCAUGUAUGCGAUGAUUUGCACAAGACCAGAUUUAGCUCAAGCAUUGAGUGUUGUCUCUAGGUACAUGUCAAAUCUAGGUAAGCCCCACUGGGAAGCAGUGAAGUGGAUUUUGAGGUAUUUAAAAGGGACUAGGCAGCUUGGAAUCAUGUUUGAGAGAAAACACGAAGUAGCAUGUGUGGCUGGUUUUGUUGACUCAGAUUAUGCAGGAGACUUAGAUAAAAGGAGGUCCACAAUAGGUUAUGUUUUUACUUGUGGAGGAGGACCUGUGAGCUGGAAAGCAACCCUUCAAGCAGUCGCAGCUCUAUCUACUACUGAGGCAGAAUAUAUGGCGUUAACAGAAGCUUCAAAGGAAGCUAUUUGGUUGAAUGGGCUGGCAAAUGAAUUUGGAAUUCACCAACAAGGCGUGGUAGUGAAGUGUGAUAGUCAAAGUGCCAUUCAUUUGGCAAAGAAUCAAGUGUUUCAUGCAAGGACGAAACACAUUGAUGUUCGCUAUCACAGGAUCAGAGAUUGGGUAGGAUCUGGAAAUAUCUUUGUGGAGAAGGUUCACACGAAUGACAAUGCUGCAGAUUGUCUUACCAAGCCCGUUGCUUUAGAGAAGUUCAAGCAUUUCUUGAACUUGCUCAGUAUCAUAACAUGCUGA